UAUCCUGUUUACUAACAGGAAGAAAGAGGAAAACAUCAGCUUUGAAGUAGCUUCGCGUUAUUAAACAAAUUAAUUCGGUUCGUAGUUUUCCUGCCGUCACCUGGUUAAUGAGUUGAAGCGAUUCGGGUAAAGUUGGAGAUUUAAAUGCCAAAUUAAAGUUCAUCUGAAAUGAACAAUGUGCCUGAAAGCUAAUGCUAACCGAUAGCUCAGGCUUCAAAGGUUUAGUUGUCAGCUGUUUUUCUUAUCCAGACAGAUAAAUGGACGCACUGUAGAUUGUAUGUGGUUGAAUAUAAUGUUGGGGGAAUUAUUUUUUUCUGAACUAAAGUAAACCAGACAGAAAACCACUCGUCCUACUCCAACCUUUUGAAUAUGAGUCUAUUACUCAGCCUGACUUUGUAAUAACAGUGAACAGGUCAAACUGGUAAUAAGUGAAGCUACAGUCACUCCUUAUGGCUGGGUUAGGCUUUACUCCUGCCAGUGGGCAAGAUAUUUUCAGCAUCGAAACAACUGAACAACCCAGCUCUGCAACAAGCAGUGCACUGAGUGGAAGAGAGGCCAGGCAGUUCUACGAACAUCUAAUGAAAGAUGAAGAUCAUGGCAGAGAGCACCAGAAUAAACAGAGGAGGAGAGCCAGGGCUGCAGAGAGGCAGCGGGGUCAAACCGAUUCUGUGCUACAAAGUGGGACUAGAGGUGGAAGUGAUGGCAACCAAAGGAGAGAGACAAGCAACUCAGAAAGGACCACAGAGCUCCUGGGGCUCAGAUUGCUGCGCUGUGCCCACAACGGGGACAUCUCUGGCCUUAAAGACCUGCUCUCAAAGGGGGUUGAUAUCAACUUCCAGGAUACUUACUUUUGGACGGCAGUGAUGUGUGCAAGCUGGUCAGGACAGAGAGAUGCGGUGAGGCUGCUGCUGCAACAUGGAGCCGCCUGGGUCGGAGUGGUUGAUACACAGGGCAGGGAUGCCAAAGACCUGGCGCUGGAAGCUGGUCACAAUGAGGUAUUGGAGGAGUUGGAGAGUUAUGGGAGAAGUCCAGAGAGAGACACACCAUCUGGUAGCAGUGCCGCUCAGUGCCAGCCUCAGUGGUGCGAUGUGUGUGGUAACGAGUACAGCUGCAGCCUGUCGUCACAUCUCUCCUCCACUAUACAUCAGUUCAGUUUGCGGCGUCCUCCACCCACCCCGUACUACUGCCUCCCCCCCUCCAGCAACAGCUACAAGAUGAUGGUUCGCUGCGGCUGGAAACCGGGGUCGGGCCUGGGGCCGGAGGGAGAGGGGCCUCAACAGCCAGUGUCAACUGUGCUGAAAAGAGACCAGAAAGGCCUGGGGUAUGGGCAGAUGAAGAGAGCCAAAGUUACUCACUUCCAAGCUAGGGAUGAUGAUGCAGUGAAACCUCCAUCCAAGGACAAAGAGGAGAGAGGAGGAAAAGGACAGAGAAAGAAAGAAAGCAGGAGAAAGGAGCUAAAAGAUAAGAACUGGGAAAGAGAUUUUCGUGCCUCUUUUUAUCUUUGACACCUGCUGACUACUCUUCCGUUCCUCUCUCCCAAACUCAUCUGAAAGUAUCCCUAAAACAUUUAACAGAUCUGCUACAAAGACAAGCUGCACCUUUUUUUUGUAUUCAAGACUGUGAAGGUGUUUUACCACUGAGAACGAUAUCAAUAUACCUUUACCCUGCCUCAAAGCUAGUGUGUCAAUUUAUGGAAGCAGCUGUGGCACAACCUCAUCUUUAUCUCGAUUGUCUGAUUUAAAUACGGAGUGUUUCCUGUUUACUCACUAAGACUAAGUUUCACUGACAUACAUGGAUUUUAUUUUAAUUUAUUAUAAACACAUACUGAUCUAACAAACCUCACAGUGAACAUGUUAUGGUUCAUAAUCCAGGAAGAGAGACGUUUUUAAGGUCAAAGAGCUAUGUUGAUAUGUUUUAUAUGGUAAAAGUAUAAAACAUUGGGACAUUAUUUGCAGUUGAACACAAACAGUUGAGCUCCUGCAGUCCUUCAUUGUGGCCAUGGGUCAUGAAUGUUAUGCAACUACACAAACCAACAGUGAACUCUCCCUUUGUUCCAGCUCCAGGUGCCUUCUCACCUAACACGCCUGCACACUCGUGACUGGUGAGCCACAUGUCGGCGCCUGCCAUAUCAGCAUGUCACUCAUGCUAUCAAGUCCUCACAUUUAGACGAGUAAAAUUGCAUCAGUCUAGAUUUUCUCGUCUAGAUAUCUGGAGAUCUGAAAUCUUUUUACGUUCUUCUUUUUUUUCUCUGGUUACGUGUUUCAAAAUAGUUCAGAUCAAGCCAAAUCAGAUACCUGUAGUCCCCAAUGACACAACAUGUCGACUCAGGUCCUCAGCCAAGGUCCCUAUUUAUAUUCCAAAUUCCAGGCCGGGCUGUUGUCAUCAGAGCUCCAAGACUUUCAGACAACUCCCCAGAGGGGCUUUGUCUUGCAGAGUUGGUAUCAUCUUUUAAAUCACUGCUUUAAGCUUUUAACACUGAGUGAGCAGGAAAAAGUCUAUUUUGUAAUCCAAUCAAACUGUCCUGUAAUAAAUGCUGUUUGUAAAAUG